UCCAGCCCAGCCUGCGGGGCCUAGGAAACGGCUCUUCCUCCGCCAGCCCCCGCCCUCUCCACUGGGGCGCGCACCUCGCUCCCUGACGCAUUUUGCUGCACAAGCUGUAAUAUGGCGGCAGCGACGGCGGCCUGAACUCCGGGGAGCUAGGCCGAUGUUUGAUGCUUCAGAAUCAUUUUGAUAGAUUUCCAAGGUGGACCUCAAACGUUCAAACCUCUUGCCUCAGCCUCCUGAAUAUCUAGGAUUACAGGUAUGCAUGAAAAAUCUUUACUGGUUUAGUCUGUUUGCCUGGAACUGUUUUCGCUCUCAGAUUGAAGUAUUGAAACCAUGGGAAUAAAGGUUCAGCGUCCUCGAUGUUUUUUUGAUAUUGCCAUUAACAAUCAACCUGCUGGGAGAGUGGUCUUUGAAUUGUUUUCUGAUGUGUGCCCCAAAACAUGCGAGAACUUUCGCUGUCUUUGUACAGGAGAAAAGGGGACAGGAAAAUCAACCCAGAAGCCAUUACACUACAAGAGUUGUCUUUUCCACAGAGUUGUUAAGGAUUUUAUGGUUCAGGGUGGUGACUUCAGUGAAGGAAAUGGACGAGGAGGAGAGUCUAUUUAUGGAGGAUUUUUUGAAGAUGAGAGUUUUGCCGUUAAACACAACAAAGAAUUUCUUUUGUCAAUGGCCAACAGAGGGAAAGAUACAAAUGGAUCACAAUUCUUCAUAACAACGAAACCAACUCCUCAUUUAGAUGGGCAUCAUGUUGUUUUUGGACAAGUGAUCUCUGGUCAAGAAGUUGUGAGAGAGAUAGAAAACCAGAAAACAGAUGCAGCUAGCAAACCAUUUGCUGAGGUACGGAUACUCAGCUGUGGCGAACUAAUCCCAAAAUCUAAAGUUAAAAAAGAAGAAAAGAAAAGGCAUAAAUCAUCAUCCUCUUCCUCCUCAUCAUCCAGUGAUUCAGAUAGCUCAAGUGAUUCUCAGUCUUCUUCUGAUUCUUCUGACUCUGAAAGUGCUUCUGAAGAGAAAUCAAAAAAAAGAAAAAAGAAACACAGAAAAAAUUCCCGAAAACACAAGAAAGAAAAGAAGAAGAGAAAGAAAAGCAAGAAAAGUGCAUCUAGUGAAAGUGAGGCUGAAAAUCUUGAAGCACAACCCCAGUCUACUGUCCGUCCAGAAGAGAUCCCUCCUAUACCAGAAAAUAGAUUCCUCAUGAGAAAGAGUCCUCCUAAAGCUGAUGACAAGGAACGGAAAAACAGAGAGAGAGAACGAGAGAGAGAGUGUAAUGCACCUAACUCCCAGCCUGCUUCAUACCAGAGACGACUCUUAGUUACUAGAUCUGGCAGGAAAAUUAAAGGAAGAGGACCAAGGCGUUAUCGAACUCCUUCCAGAUCCAGAUCAAGGGAUCGUUUCAGACGUAGUGAGACUCCUCCACAUUGGAGGCAAGAAAUGCAGAGAGCUCAACGAAUGAGGGUAUCAAGUGGUGAAAGAUGGAUCAAAGGGGAUAAGAGUGAAUUGAAUGAAAUGAAAGAAAAUCAAAGGAGCCCAGUUAGAGUAAAAGAGAGAAAAAUAACUGAUCACAGGCAUGUGUCUGAAAGUCCAAACAGAAAAAAUGAAAAGGAAAAGAAAGUUAAAGACCAUAAAUCUGACAGCAAAGAAAGAGAAAUCAGAAGAAAUUCAGAAAAAGAAGAUAAAUAUAAUAAAACCAAAGUGAAGAAAAGAGCCAAAUCUAAAAGUAGGAGUAAGAGCAAAGAGAAAUCAAAGAGUAAGGAAAGAGAUUCAAAACAUAACAGACAUGAAGAAAAGAGGUUGAGGUCGAGGAGUAAAGAACGGGAUCAUGAGAAUGUUAAAGAAAAAGAAAAACAGUCUGAUUCUAAAGGAAAAGAUCAGGAAAGGAGCAGAAGUAAAGAAAAGUCUAAGCAAAUAGAAUCAAAAAGUAAUGAGCAUGAUCAUAGUAAAAGUAAAGAAAAGGAUAGACGCGCACAGUCCAGGAGUAGAGAACGGGAUGUAACUAAAGGUAAACACAGUUACAAUAGUAGAACCAGGGAACGAAGCAGAAGUAGGGACCGAAGCAGAAGGGUGAGAUCCAGAAGCCAUGACAGAGAUCGUAGCAGAAGCAAGGAAUACCAUAGAUACAGGGAGGAGUACAGGAGGAGAGGAAGAUCACGAAGCCGAGACAGAAGAGGAACACCAGGAAGAUCACGAAGUAAAGAGAGGAGGAGAAGGAGGAGAGAUUCUCGGAGCUCAGAGAGAGAAGAAAGUCAAAGCAGAAACAAGGAAAAACAUAGAAACCAAGAAAGUAAGAGCUCACACAGAAAAGAAAAUUCUGAGAGUGAAAAAAGAAUGUACUCUAAAAAUCGUGAUAAUAGCUCAAGUAGUAACAGGGAAAAAAAGGCUGAUAGAGAUCAAAGUCCAUUCUCAAAAAUAAAGCAAACUAGCCAAGACAGUGAAUUAAAGUCCUCCAUGUUGAAAAAUAAGGAGGAGGAGAAGACCAGAUCCUCAGUGGAAAAUGAAAACCAAAAAUCAAAGGCUCAAGAAAAUGACCAUGUACAUGAUAAAAACAAAAAAUUUGAUCAUGAAUCAAGCCCUGGAACAGAUGAAGACAAAAGUGGAUGAGUGAGUUGUAUAAAUUUAUUUCCUUUCUGUCUCAAAAUUUAAGUUUUAGAGACUUGGCUGGUGAAUUGCCUUUAUGUUUUCAUUGUAUUUUGGGUUAUUCUGUGUCUUUUUGUUUUUGUUUUUAAUGUGGACUUCAUUGAGUUGAUCUUUUGAUAAUCUGCAACCUGGAUAAUUUGUACUGCUAAAGUUUUAAUAAACUUGAAAUGAGAAAAACAUCUUGGUGUAACACUGUGUGCUAUGUUAAACUAUUUUAUGUAUGAAUUUUCCAGCAGUCAGCCAACAGCAUCCUGAUUUGUUUAAUCAGCCAUUUGAAAACACGCAUAACUGAUGGUUGCACUUAAUUGUUACAAAAGCUUGUGUUUCUUGUGAUUAAAGUAACUAGACAUCACUAGAGGAAAUUUUGUGUAGAUUUUGAUUGAAUUCAUAAUACAGCCUUCUAGCAAUUUAUUUUAACUACAGAAGCAAGGUCUUAAUAAUUUGAGAUAUUAAAUCAUACCUUGAUUUUAUAGCUACUUGUAUUUUAAGAUAGGUGAAAAUUUAGUUCUUUGUCUUGUGUUUCAUACUGUCUUAGUAAUAUUAUUCUGUCUAGUUGUGUUCUACUUACAUGUCUAAAAGUCUUAGAGAAUUUUUUUCAGUUGAUGUGCUGGUCGAGCUUGAAUUGCUGUUAUACAGCAUUUUAUAGGAAGAUCAGAUUGUAAUUCUCAGUUUUUUUGUUGGUUUUGGUCUGAAGAGUUGAAAUUAUUAAUGAGAACAUUAUUAUUUUUGCUUUCUUUUUCUAAAAUUAAAAAUAUUUUCUCAGUAAAACAUACAGCUAAUUUCUCCAGGUCCUUAAGCUAGACAGAUUCUAAAAAUUGUUAGUUGAUACAGUAACUUCUAAGAUUUCUCUGUUUUGACCACCAAUCUAUAUAGCAUUGAGUGUUAACUCUGCAUGGUUUUUGUUUUUUUUAAACUUAAAGUAUCUUCUCCCAUAGCUGUGAGUUUCAAAUGGCAAAAAAAAAAAAAAAAAAAAAAAAAAAAUUAUAAAUGUGUGAUGAUAGGAUAUAGCAUGUUUAUGACUCUGGUUUCUUUUUAUUCAGAUGGCUUUAUGGCUUUAUACCAUUGUUAACAUUAUUUUAAAUUGGCAUGUGUAACAUUGCCAUGUAGAGUAAAAUAGAAAGUUGCAAAAUUUGGUAGCUCUCAGAGUUAAUCACUAAACAUAUCCAGCGUCCAUUCAGAAUUUGAUGUGUUUUGCCAUUUUUGCCACAUACGGCAUUUUAUUCUGUAACAUCUCUUCCGAAUAAAACAUUGAUAACAGCAAACACAAAACCUGCCUCAUUUUAAAAGAAAUUUCAAAAUUCUAAUCUAUAGUGGAUUCUGGAGUUUUGUACUUUAACAUUUGUCAGUAUAGUGUUAACUUUAUUACCUAGGUAGAGUCUUGAUAACUCCAUUAGCUACCCAGUGCUAUUUGUACUGAAUAAAGUAAUGCUUAGCAUAAUGCUUCCCAUUAUUGACUAAUAUAGUGAUAAUCAUUUGGCAUUGUAGCUGUUGCAGAAUAGAGUAAUGAUUAUAAAUUUGUUUGAGAUACUUGAAACAAAUACCAAGAGAGGAUUUUUUUCAAAAUUUUAUUUCCUAGUGGUAAAAGUAGUAUAUGUUUAUUACAAUUCAGGGUGAUUCCUUAGGAACUGACCACAGACCCACAUUAAGAAUUAUUGAGUCAGUAUCUAAGCUCUAUGAUCUGUUAUAUAUUUUAAAUUGUUGUCUUAAUUCAGUAAAUUGCAUUUUAAAAUCUGUCAGAUUAUUUGAGCUUCAAGACAGGUACUAUUUAAGAAAAUUUCUGAUAACACAUACAUAUUUUUUAAAGUCCAUGCUAAGAUCCCAGAGCUUUAUCUGUUAAGGAUAUUAACAAAUACUUUCCAGAUUUUGAGUUUCAAAAAGUAGCCAUAGGAAGGAAAGAUAAUUCCAUAAGUAGUGUUGUGCCCUGUUUGAGUUACCAAAAGAACAACCCCAUGCUGAGCAUUAUAUAUAGGGACCUUUCUAAAAAAGCUUUGUUAGCUGUUUUCAUAGAACAGAUGUGAAGGAGUUUGGAUGAAAAAGGACAAUCAACUAUAUUUUAUUUUCAGAGUACAAAAAAAAAUUUAGAAAAUGAUUAGGCAGAAUUAUACCCCAAGAUUUACACUGGUAUCUGAAUCGCACAAGGCUCAUGGGGUCCUUUCCUUGUAUUACAUUUUUAGUAGUUGCUCCAUCUUUAUUGUUUUGGACAUUGCCCAGAAAUCAGUUAUUUAAUUUUUCCCAUCACAUUAAUUUUAUAGUUACAUCUGAGGUUAAAGGUCAUACAUAGCUUUGACUUAAUAACAGGUAUUUUCAUUUUUUAUUGCUCAAUUGGUCAUAGCUGCAAAAAAUUCAGUACCUAGAAUUUUUAUGAUUAUUAUGUGAAUUUUUUUUCUGUCUAAGUUGUAUGCCCUGGAAACUGGUACUACAGAGAGAUUAAUGAAUAGCAGAGAAGGCACUGGGUUGUUUAACAUUUUUUAAUUAGUUGGUAAUUGGUGAAUUCAGAGGUUAUGUAGUAUUAAAUUAACUAAUUGAAACCCUCAGAAAUUGCUAAGAGUUUAUGUGAUAAAUCCCUUUGCACUGAUACUGAUGCAUGUUGAGUUUGCUGAAUGGCCUUUGAUUCAUGUGAUCAGUGGAAAAUGAAACUAAAACAAGAUUUUGUUAUGUUGUGGACAAGCAUUAAUUGAGUUUCUAGUAUCCUGGGUAAUAGUAGUAGCUGAUAAUUCUAAUUUAUUUUUUAGUUUCUGGAGCAAAUUAGUAUUUUUUUUUAGUAGUUAGUUGUACUUUGCUCUAGGUGGUAAUUUUCAUCUUGCUGAGCUUUUUUGUAAAUUUCUGUAGAAAUUUUUUGGGCUUGCCUUCACUAGAAGGCACUUUAAAUAUAUACCAUACAGCUAAUUGGUAUGAAGACUAAAUGGAUAUUUUUCUGUCUUGUUUUGCUUAUGUUUACUAUAAUUAUUCUCUUAGGAUUCCUACAUUUACAGUUUAAAAAUUCUCCAUGGAUUGCAGGUUGAUAAGUUGUUGUAUUGUGUAAAUUUGUGUUUUAUUACAAAUACUUAUUUGGGGGAAAAAGGACCCAGGGAGUGCAGUGUUGGAUGGCACACUGCCACGGUGGGCUUCCCAGUUGCCUUUAAGGGAUUCAGGCAGGGGCAGACUCUGGCCUGUUGUGUGACAAAGAAAUAAAUAUUAAAGAAAAGAAAAACCACAAAUCACAUGAAAAGAAUUCCAUCAGCAAGGUUAGGGAAGGGAGUUGGUGAAGGUUUUCCUGGUUUAGGUGUGGAAGGGAAUGGUGGGAUGGAUUUAUGUUUCUCCCCCUGCCUCAAGCAAAUUCCAUGUCAUCAAAAGCACAUGCUGUAUAUUUUCUUCCUCUUUUGUGUAUUCAUAGUAUUUUCAAAGACUGACAAAUGAAUUGAGUAUUACUGUGUGUGGUCAUAUUCAAAGUUGUGGCUGCUUUUUGUGAAAGGGGAAACGUAAGGAAGUUACUGCACUUCUUUUCCUGGCUCAGAAGUCACUGUGAUGUAUAUUUUUUUAAUGAAAUUUAGAAAUAAAAUUGUUGUCUCAAUUGUAAAAUUAGUUUCAAGAUGCUGCUUCUCCUAUCAUUAGUCUAGUAACUGUUGGACUGUUUUCUGCAAACUGCAUUUUACAAAAUUUAAACUUAAAAUCUGUAUUAACUUUUAUAGUUAAACAUUGUAUUAAAUAAACUAUACUGUAACAAACA